AUGGAUCCGUGUGGCAUCUCGUAUGGCUCUUGUGACUAUGGGGGCAUGCUGCAAGAGAUCCAAGAGUGCGGGAGCUUGUCCAUGUCGACAUCAGACGACGAGGAAGGUGGCCGUGGUCGAUGUCCCGACUUUCGGCAAUCGUGGCGUCGCAAAUCCUCCAAAAGAAUAUUAUUGCUGGCCAACAACAACAACAACAACAACAACAACAACAACCAGCGUCCCCAACGCAAGUCUGCCAAGGAACACUGGGCCAUGCUGCGAGAGUACGUCCAAUCGGGAGCGUUCUUUCUCGAUCGGGACUACGACGAGCGAACCUCUUCUGUUUUUUCGAGUCAGGAUAUGCGCCGUCCUUCCAUGUACCAUCAAAGGCACGCUUCUCUGGCGCGUCGGUUCCAAGCAAAAAUCAGAGGUGGGGUGGAAUGGACGUGCGGACAGUGCAUCUGCGCCAUUGGCUUGUAUUUGGGAACGGCAAUCCUGUGUUUCAACUUUCUCAUCCCCGAGACGCGGCAUGAGUGGACCAUUAUUGAUAGCAUGUACUUUGCCGUGGCAACUUUCACUACCAUUGGUUUUGGAGAUCUGACGCCACCCGAUACCCAUUUGGCAAGAUUCUUGACUUGCAUAUUUGCGCUAUCCGGUGUGGCUAGUUUGGGGUUGGCAGUGGGGGUGUUGGGACACCAUUUGGUGGAACUAGAAACCAAGGCCAUGCACUACUGUGAGAGAGAUGUUAUGACUCUCUUUGCAUCGGUUCAUAUUGAGGAUGACACACCGCCAAAUACACAACAAGAGCAAUUCAAAGCAAAACCUGCCAACCCACACUGGAAACGACUAUGGAAUCGAAUGGGUUGUCGAUGGCUUUCACGACAAUAUCAAACUGUAGCAGGUUUUCUCCAUCCUACGCCGUAUAAUUCCUUUGCGAAUGCUCCCUGUAAGACGGAAGCCUGCAAACGUCGAAAGGCAAAAUAUGAGAAACAUUUCAACCAACAACACGCUUCACAACGCGUCCCCCAUCACAUCAAUGUGAAAUUCUCAGUUUUUCUAGCCCUGAUACUGGCAUUGAGCUACUGGAUUGGACAUGAUGCUGGCUGGGACUUUUGGCAGACGCUCUAUUUUGCCAUUACAACUUCCUGUACCAUUGGCUACGGCGACAAGGUCCCCACCAGCCAAAUUGGGCGUCUCUGUGUUGUUGCAUUUAUCCCCUUUGCUGUUGGAGCCAUGGGAUACUUCUUGCAGCAGCUGGCAGAAAUGAUUGUCCAAACCAAACAUCAACGUCACAUGGGGGUGCUUUUUGGCACCAAUAUGGAUGCAACAAAUUGCCGACAGCAGCAGCGAGAGCUCACAGUGAUGGAUUUGGAAGCCAUGGAUUCGGAUGGAGAUGGCAAUGUUGACUGGUGUGAAUUUCUAGAAUUCAUGUUGGUGGCAAUGAAGAAGGUUGACGAAGAUUUGCUCUGGGAACUACGGUAUCAGUUUGAUAGCUUGGAUGUGGACGAUACAGGGGUCUUGUCCAAGCAAAACUUGAUUUGCCUUGCCCGACGAAAGCUGCAGCAAUCCACCCACAAGUUGCACCUGCAGCAAUACAAACAGUACUUACUGAAGAAAACCAACAGCUCUUCCCUCAGACAAGAGGACAAAAAAGACAGUGCCGGUGAAGCCUUUGUCAACAUGUCCAAGAAGAAGAAAAAUUCAAUGUAUAUGUCAGAAACUUCCAGAUCCGUGACCUUUGCAGAGUUUCCAUCCAGAUAUCCAACGGCUGAAAGUUUACGCUGA